UACACAAUUUUAGCUAAUACGAAAAGAUUUGAUUAUUUUUUAGUAAAAAAUAUAUGUAUUUUUUUAUUUUAUUGUUUUUGGUUACUAUUCUUAAAAAUGUUUUCAAUUAAGUUAUCCGAAAUUUGCGUUUUUUUGAUUCACACAAUUUUGUUUAUUGAAGCGUAUAAUAAUACGCUAAGAAAAACAGCAAUCAUUAAUAAGUUUUGUGAAAACAAUUUUUGGAAAAAUUUAUCUAAUUUACAGAAAGUGCGAUAUGCUAAUACAUAUUGUUACUUAAAUAAAAUUAAUAUCAUUUCCAAUAAAUCAAAAAGCAAUGGUAAAAUACGUUGCGCUGCUUUAUUCCUUAGUUGUCUAUACGCUCAAGAUUUAAGACAAAUAUUCUUAAUGGUCAAUGAUUAUCAAAACAUAUGUAAAACAAUUCUAGAAAACAAUAAUAAUCCCUAUCAAUGUAUCAUACAUUUAUUGGAAAUUAUUAAAAAAGUUACAUUAUUGGGAACAGUCAUAAAAGAAUCAUUGAUUGCAGUAGAUGCGUUAUAUCAUAGGCGACCAAACAAAACAAAAGAUGAUUAUAUAUUAUAUGAUUUUUUGUCAAGUUUACAACAAAUUAAAAAUACUAUUGUUCAUGAAUCUCCGUCACAGGAUAAUCCAAAGAAUUGUGAAAUAAUAUUAUUAAAUAUUAAAAAUAUUUUUAAUGUAAAGAUAGAAUAUAUAAAUAAAGAAAUUAAAGGCAAACGUAAAAGGGAAUGCUUAUUUAAAAAUAAGGAUUUUUAUCCAAUAUUGCAUGAUUGGAAGACAGUACACAAUAUAGAAAAUGAAUUGUAUUAUUUUAAAGAUUUGAAUGAAAAAAUUGAUGAUGAAUUUAAGAAGAUUAUUACAGAUAAAUAUUACAAAUUAGGCUUCCAUUUCAACACAAGCAUUAAGAUGAUUAGUAUACCAAUACCACAAGAAGUUCUUAAUAAUUGCGAUGUUCACCAGCUUUUGGCCGUAAUCUUUUCACCAAUAAAGACACAACAAUCCAACUAAGUUGAAUUCACCACUAGCCGAGGUUUUACCAGACCGAAGCAUAAUAGAAAUUAAAUGUAAAUAACAUAACUGAUGUUUUUAAAUUGUUCUAAUGGUCUAUUUACGAAGUACUGCAGAGAAAAAAUAAUAAAAAUCUAGUUGACUAGUAAAAUGAACGAUAUUUAUUUUAUGUAAUAAUUAAACUUUGCAAAUAAUAACAAAUUUAAAUUAAAAUAAAAUGAUUAUGCCUUAAGUACAAUGAGAUAAUAUCUAAUACAUUUGUUAUAAAUGUUCAAAAUAAUAAAAAACAAGAUAACAAAUUAUUUUAUUAAAAUGUUUCAAAUCAAGUUUAAAAAUAUCACAAAUUAAUAAAUAAUAUAAAGGAUAAAUGAAAUAGAAUUAACAUGAGGAAGAAGAAUAAACUAUGAUACUGCUUGAUUGACUAUGUCUAUUGGGCCAAGGAGACUGCAACUGUAUUUUAUUCUAUUGAAUAUAAUAAAAUUGUUAUCAUUGCAAUAAUGAUCAAACAUCGGUUAAUAGGAAUGUUGGUUUUUAUUCCGAUCCUUAAGACUACAAAGUACGUCUCAAUUAAUCAAAUACAUGUGAGAUCUUAUUACACUUUAAAUUACAAAAUAGUUAACGCACUCAUAUGGAAAAGAAAAUGAUAUUUUAAAAUAAAUAAUAUAUGAGUGUUAAAUGAGUAAAAUGUGCCAAUAAGUGUAAGUAGAAUAGAGUAAUCAUAUUAAAAUAAUUUAAGUGUACUAAAUUAAUUAAAGUUCAAGUUUCAAAGAAAACUUUUUGACAAUACACGGGCAUAGAAAAAAUGAAUACACAAAAUAAAAAAAAGGGCAGGUAAAUGUUGUACAAGUUAUCCAAUGAUCAGAAUCAAAAUGAUACGUAGUCAACAAAUGAUUUUAUAAGCAGCCAUUACAAUUUUAAUUGUAUAAACAAAAAAUGACAUGCAGGUGGCCUGAGAGAGAGAUAGAUUGUUUGACGAAAACCAUUUUAGCAAAAUGGUCAGGCCAUUCGACGGCGACGAACACAUAUUGAACCGGUUGGGGAACAACGCUGACGAUAGAGCACAUAUAUUCAACAGACACCUGGGAUCGGUUGAAUUGUUAACAAGUAUUGUAGUGGUCAGCUGGAUGAUUACUUAUCUCGAUGACAAUAUAUAAUGAAAUAUAUAUUAUAGUAAUAUAAUAUAAUUGAAAUUAUAAACGGAAAAUGUACUAUUAAAUUACUAAGGACCAUUUAAUUAAGUUAUUACUGAAUUGUAAUAUUCAAAAAGUGGUUUUGAUUUACAACGAA